UUGACAAACAUUAGAAACUGGGCAGUAAGUUCAAGGUUGACAUAGAUCAAAUUUGUAAAAUAAGCUUAAUAGUUUUGUUAAUUUUAUAAAAUUGUAGUCACGAUUUUGUAAGAUAGCUCGUAAAUAAGAAGUGUGGUUAAAGUUUUAUGAAAAUGACAUCAUCUCAAACUGGAGCGAGGAGUAUUGUCCUUCCAGAACAGAACAGUGUCUUCAGAAACUUGAAGAAUGUUAAACGAUUUGCCAUUGAUAUUGGUGGAUCUCUAACAAAAAUAGCAUAUUACUCAACUGUUUCUUAUAAAAGAGCUUCAUAUGAUUUUCAUGAAGAAACGAAAGAAGGUAAAAAUGAUGGGGUAAAAUAUGAAAUGGCAGAGACUGACGUGGAAGGUGCAAGAUUGCAUUUUGUCAAAUUUGAAACUAAGCACAUUGAGACUUGUUUGAGCUUUAUACAACAGAAUCUUGUGGGUUCUCGAGACUUUAUGCAAGGCAAAACUAUCAAAGCUACUGGAGGAGGAGCAUACAAGUAUACCGAUUUGUUAACCUCAACGUUAGGACUGACGGUAGAUAAGGAAGAUGAAAUGGAAUGUCUUAUUAAAGGUUGUAAUUUUUUGUUGAAAAAUAUACCAGAUGAAGUAUUUCAGUACCGUCGCCAUGGUAAUCCAGAAUACAAAUUCUCUAGUUUGGAUCCAAAUGUAUUUCCAUACCUUCUUUGUAAUAUUGGUUCAGGAGUUAGCGUAAUGAAGGUGGAAUCUGAAUCCAGCUAUGAACGUAUUGGGGGAUCAGCUAUGGGAGGAGGAACUUUUUGGGGUUUAGGCUCUCUUUUGACAAAUGCUGAAGGUUUUGAUGAGCUUUUAGAACUGGCAGAAAAGGGAGAUCACCGAAACAUCGAUAUGCUUGUGAAGGACAUCUAUGGAGGAGAUUACUGUGGAAUGGGCUUACCCAGUGAUUUGCUAGCUUGCAGUUUUGGAAAAGCUAUUCAUUCAAUAAGAGACACCAAUUUUAAUCGGGGACAUUUUGAGGAUGGUGAUAUUGCUCGUAGUUUGUUGUUUAUGAUCAGCAAUGAUAUAGGACAGAUAGCUUGCUUGUAUGCCAUGAUGCAUGGCCUAACCAGAGUGUACUUUGGUGGCUACUUCUUACGUGGGCUACCCCUCAGCAUGCAUACCAUCUCAUUUGCCAUUAACUAUUGGAGUAAGGGAAAAGUGCAAGCCUUAUUUCUUCGACAUGAAGGUUAUCUGGGAGCUAUUGGAGCUUUUUUGAAAGGAGCAGAAGAAGAUGACACAGAAAAGUACUCUUGGGGUGAGAAUUAUGCAGGAAGUUCGGGUUUAAGAAGUCCAAUACCUGCUCAGCUGUCUUCUCAAAACAAUGCGAUGUUUCAUCAGCUUGAAAUGGACAGAUUUGAUUGGCAAUUGGUGCAUUGUCCCCUUUUACAAGAUCCUAGUAACUACUUCCCUGAUACUGUAGACUUAACUCAAGAUACUGAAGCUAGAAAAUACUGGCUACAGUGCUUUGAAGAUGCAAUAGACAAGUUUGUGGAUAGAGCUAUCAAGAGUCAACCACACCAUGUUGAUGCUCAGGAACGUGCAGAAAAGUUUUGCAAAAAGUAUGUGAGUCGUCUUCAUCACCUGAGGUGCCACCCUUUUGCUUAUGGCUCUCUGACAGUGCGUAGUUUGCUUGAUAUGAGAGAACACUGCUUAAAUGAAUUUAACUUUCCAGACCCAUAUUUACAGCAAAAGAGAAUGGAGAAUGAACAAGCAUUAAAGGUACUUAGCCAAAAGUUAAAAGAACUAGAUGAAAUGACAUGGGAGAAGCGCCAAGAAGCGCUGGUGGUGGGACUUCUAGCAGGAAAUGUUUUUGACUGGGGAGCAAAAGAAGUAGCUACCUUAUUGGAAACGAGUGAUUUUGGUUUUGAAGAAGCACUUGGAAAACUACAAGCUAGACCAUGGCUUUGUGACAACUUAGACCAAUGGAUUGAAAGGCUUAGGAACCAUUCACAUAAAUGUGCUGCCAUCUUUGUGGAUAACAGUGGAAUGGAUGUUGUUUUGGGUGUAAUGCCAUUUGCACGGGAGCUGAUUAGAAGAGGUACUAAGGUUAUUCUUUGUGCCAAUUCCAAACCAGCUCUGAAUGAUGUAACAGUUCAAGAACUGAAUGUUCUAAUGCCGAGGAUUGGUGCUGUAUGUGACGAUAUCCAGCAAGCUUUUACUGAGGGUUCACUUGUGGUGGUUGAUUCAGGUCAAGGAUCACCAUGUUUAGACUUAAGUCGUCUGAACGUGAAGGUAGCUGAAGAGAUGCACCAUCUUGGGACAGAUUUGAUUUUGUUGGAAGGCAUGGGUCGUGCAAUUCACACUAAUCUGAACACUAUGUUUACAUGUGAAGUUAUCAAAGCAGCUGUCUUAAAAAACCGGUGGUUAGCCAACAGACUUGGUGGAGUCAUGUAUUCUGUUAUAUUCAAGUAUGAAAGACCAUCUUAGCAAUUAGUUACCUUGUAUUUAACCUGAUCUCUAGAACUGAUGGUUAACCAACAAAAUUGUUGGAGACCUUACUGUUUCAUGUUCAAAUGAACAUCUUGCUGAAGUGUCAUUACCUGAUGGUUAACUGAACCAUGGAUCUGGUGUUUAGAGACAGAGUCUCAGACAUUAAAUGUUUUACAGGAAAAUCCAUCCAAGCGAUCAAUUACCUUGUGGUUAACCUGAGAUCUAGAACUGGUGGUUAGGUAGCAGACUUGUUGAAGAUUUUAUUAUGUUUAAGUAUGAAACACCUUUGAAUCAAUUAACUUUCACAUUAUUAGCAUUAGAACUGAUGAUUACUUAGCAGGUGUGAUGGAAACAUUUACUUUUUUUCUAUGAAAACACAUCAUUAUUGUUAGUUAGCUGGUGGGUAACAUGGGCUUUAGAACUAAUUUUUUCCUGAUAGGUUCAGUGGAGAAAGGUUAUGUUAGCCAAUAAAAAGAAAGUCCUAGUGAUUGAUUACCUGAUGGUUAACCUAAAAUCUAGAACUAGUAAUUUGCUAAACAGACUCAGAAGAAAUGCAUUAGAAGACCUUCUUAGUUACUUACUUCAUUAUUAGCUUAAAAUUUUAGGAUUGAUAGUUAGCUACUAGUGCAGUAGAAAAAAAGAAAAACUAUAUGAAAUUAAAAUGAUAAAAAGCAAUCCAAGGAAAUAUUUAACUUUGGUUUAUAUAAACUUUUCUUUUCAGACAUAUAAACUAUAAAUCACCAUAAUAAUUAAACUUCUUUUAUUGUGCUUGAGAUUCAAAAAGGACCUGAUGGAGGUUUGAGUAAGGUAAAUAAGGCAAAACAGACACACUGCUUCGUUUUCUCUCAGUUAAAACUGUUAUUAUUGAUUAUUUGUUAUGUAAAAACUGUGUGUUGGUGAAUUUCUUUGAAUGAAAUGCAAGAUAACUGGCUACUGAUAAAAAAAAAAGUUUAAAGAAUCCAUUCAACUUUUAUAAAUCAUUUGCAAAGGUCUUUGUUCCAGUUCAGUUUUAAAAAUCUUAUAUGUUAAUAUAUAAACACAAAGGUUUUGAAUGUUGUGGUAGGAAAGUUCUGUGGCAUUAUUCAAAAUAAUUUUAAUGUGAAUGCAGUAGAUUUAUCUAGAUAGUUUUGUCUUUUCUCUGAACUAAGUUUUUUACGCUCAUUAUUAACAAAAUAUAAUAUUCUAGAUGUCAGCUUUCUGUUGCAAUUUAAUUAUGAAAUGUUGAUGUAAUUUUAUAUUUUGCUGUUACUUAUUAGUAGGGUUAUAUUGAUUGAAUUACAAAGAAAAUGUAGAAACAAGUUUAUGAAGUAGUUAAGAUUAGGAGUUUGGUUAAUGUGAAUUUGUACUUAAUUUUUGUUAAAACAAGCAUUAUAAUUUGCUUGUAAUUGAUAAUGCAUGUGUAUCGGUUAUGUUCUUGCCUUGUUGUUAUAAUAGAUGAUAUAUUGUAAUAUCUGAAAUAUUGUAAAGUUUGAAACAUGAAAAAUUGACAUUAGGGUAAAUCUUGUUGAGUAGGAGCAGUAAUAUUUUGAUUUUUGAUCAUCAAUUUCAAUUUAAGUAUAACAGUAACACAUGCUUAGUUUGCAGUACAUCUUUCAUAUAAACUAGACUUGGUAUAAUUCUAACCAUUAUAGCAAACAAUAGGAAACAUACUUACUGUAUUUUUCGGAAUAUAAGACGCACCCUUAUUUUCAAGACAAAGUUUUUUGGGAAAAAAACGCUACAGUCA